AUGGCGGCUAAUUACUUAAUAACCCGAAGAGGCAUUCCCUCGGAGAUAAUAAUACCUCACCUGAAAUUCAUACUAAGCAGCCUGACGUAUUCCCUAUCAGUCUCCAUCAAUCUAACAAUCUUGACUUAUUCAGACGACAAAAUGUCUUCAAUGCUCAUCAAAUUGUCCCUAAAAAAAUUAUCGGACCUCAAAGUCCGGCCUACCUUCACCAGCAACGCGAGCUUAUUAUCUCACUACGACCUUUCUUACCCCUUCCAAUUCAACAGAGAUGUAAUCGUAACCCACCGCCGCGGAUUAAUGACACCCCUAGAAAAAAUGUUCAAUUUUUACGGAUGGUUAACCAUUGCCGCCACGGUGAUCAUAAUUACCACGGCUUUUUUGGUGAUCUACCUGUCCAAUAACCUUCAUUUAUCCUUCAGUAUCUUCGAUUCUCUCCGGCUGAUCAUCAAUGUGGCCAUCACCUCCAAAAUGGAUUCCACAAAAAGCCGAAUAUUCUUCUCAAUGAUCUUCCUUUACUUCCUGGUGAUCCAAGCAACAUUCUCCGGUCACUUGGCAGCUUUUCUGACCAAACCUGAGUACCGUAAAAACGUCGAAAGUCUAGAAGACCUCAAGGAUCCACGGUACCAAGUGAUUUACGCGCACGAAUCCUCAAAAGGUUACAUCACAGAUGAGUCACUACUCUCCAAGACUAUUUUUGGAGAGUAUGACUGCAAUAUUAACACCAUAAUUAACCCCAGAGCCGCUUGCAUUACCAAUCACAAAAUGGUCAACUACCUGAUAGCUCAGUAUGAUCUCCACCAGGCUAAAAACCCCCUAGUUACUAAGUUCGGCUACUUAUUAUUGCGGAAAAAUUGGAGGCUCAAGGACCGGGUCAAUUUUCUAAUAGCAAGAAUUGUCGACACCGGGCUUAAUUUCAAGAAAUCUAACUUCUCUGGGUGGAAGAUUAAAAGGUACUUUAAGCAGCUGGAAGAAAGGCUUGGUCCUAAUUAUUACAGGCCUGUCGAGCUCCAGGAUCUGCUUUUUAUAUUCGUCCUGCUUAGUGUUGGGCUUCUGGUGGCAAUUUUGGCGUUUUUGGGGGAAUUGGGGGUUCAAGCAUGGAAGGAUCAUCAGCUGGGGAUUAGGAAAAGGUGGAGGGCGGCUAAAACGGGGGUUAAAAUUGUGAGGAGUAUGGUCUGGUUUAAAAUUAAGAAGUGGACGAGAAAACAGGGGAAAAAGCGGAAAUCUAGAGUUGUUUUUUACACGCUUUUUAUUAGCUUCACCUUCGAUAAGUCGAUAAGACAGGACUUGAUCCGAUUUCUCUAA